AUGGGAAUGCGCUAUUAUUCUUUAGAUGUCGCGAAAGGUUUAGGCAUAUUGCUUAUGAUUUUGUCGCAUCCCUUCCUGGGUUCGCUUUCCAGUGUUGACUCUCUCUUUUUUCUAAAUGUUGCAGAAGGUAUUCCAAAAAUCGUGUGGUAUUGUAUAUUCGUUCCUUUGGGUGUGAUAGGAAAUAUGGGAUCAUUUUUUGUGUUCCUAUCAGCUAUCUGUAACACCCUGUCUUUUUUGGAUAUAUCAAAAAAGGGAUGGAAGGUUGUCUGGCGCUAUUUGAUGAUGAAGUGUGUUUUUGGAAUUCUAUUGCGCGCGAUCGAAUGUUUCUGGGUUAGUUGGUCGACAGACUAUGAUAUUGUCGAAACACGUACGUUGCAGCUGCCUGUAGUUCCUAUCCCUUUUUCAAGUAACGUGAUUGACUGCAUUGGCUUUAAUAGUUGGAGUAUUUCUUUAGUCGUUUAUUUGCUUCGCCUGAUUCCUUUCCUUCGAGACUAUCGAAUUCAGAUUUACCUUCUCUACAUCCUCUCUAUUGUGCUCACUAUUUUCUCGAGAUGGAUCUCUGAAGGUUGUCUGGUGAUUACAGACUGGUGCAAAACGCAGCAUUUUACGAUUUUGGAAUAUUGCUUUUCGAAGAUGAGCAGUGGCACAGAUCAGAUUCCUCAGCUGUGGCCAUUCGGUCUUCUGGGCGCCUCCGUGGCCAUCAUUCUCCACUCUGGAGUCAGUCUUUUGCAUUUGAUUUGGUUUUCGAGCAUCGUUUUUUGCGUGAAUUGUAUCAUUGGCAUGGUGUAUCUCUAUUCGAUCGACGACUUCGUCACUGAGUUGUUCGAAGCCUUCAAGCCCGAAGGAUUCGAGUUCAUUUCCAUGGGAGUCGAGGCCGUUCUGAUCCUGGUUCUGAUCCUGCUGAUCGAUGACAAAAGACGAUUGGCACUGCGAAGAAGGGGGUCUUUGAAACGCACGUCAUAUCUGCGAAAGCUCAGCGUGCUGUCGUUUACCAUUUUCAUUCUUCAGAAAUGGUUCAACAAGCACAUGCUGGUGAUUUUUGAGUUUUUCUUCGGACAGCUGAUCGACAGCGAAAAGAAGGAGCUCCUGUGGACCUGGCCCGUCAUCGUGUUGUUCAUGGUCGUGCUCGCGUUUGCAGCGAUCGGGAUCACGGAGCUCUGGAAGCACUUCGAAUUCCGCUGUUCUAUGGAGCAUCAGGUUAAUAGGAUUCUGCUGUGGCUCUUUGAUAAGCAGUAUAGCAAGACAGAUUAUAAAGCGAUUAUUUAUGGGCCGUUGAAGGAGGUGCAGAACGAGAUUGAUUGCGGACAUCGGGACGAAGAACCGGUUGAAGUGGAAUUAGGCAUGCAGCGACUCGAUAGUUUUUGUGUUUGUUACAAACAAGCCACUAAGCUAAAUGGAUACCAGUCAAAUAAGACCAACUCCUCCAGAAGGGCGCGAUUCUCCGGGUUGUAG